AUGACAUCCAAUAUGAGACCCCUUAACAGCAAAAAGGGUGAGGUCCCUUCCGAUGGUCGUGAGAACUGUGGAGUUUCUGACCAAGCUUUUCAUGGCAAAUGUCAAAGCUGCGACGGUGUUGGAAAACCAUCUUAUCCUAGAGCGAAUGGCGUUUCCCUGAAAGAAAGUGGAACAUGCAGUUUUAGUUGUGAUCAUGCUAAUGCUUUAUUAGUAGAUGGGCCCAAAGGUUCGCCAGCAAGGCCAGGACAUAUUGACAGCGCAGAUUGUGGUCAGCAUGGUUGUCUGCAUGCCAAGAAUGAAAGUUGCAUGCCUUGCAAUGAUCUGCAGCAAGAGUCUGAUAGAGAACAAGCUGGAGAUACCCUGGAUGAUCUGUUUUUCUUUAAUGAUGAAGAGGAUGAUGAUAUUGACUGGGAACCUUCUGCUCGCCUGGCUGAAAACAGAUGGUUUUGCUUGAACUGUACAAUGCCAAACUUGGAUGAGGUUAAACAUUGUCUGAAUUGCCAUGAGCUUAAGGGAUCUGAGGUAGCUGCUGGAUAUGAUGUUUUCAAAACUCACAUUGCGCGGGCAGCUUUGGUAUCUGCUAACACAGCAUCGGUACUGGUAUCUACAGCGAUUGGUUUUGAUGAAAGAAUGUUGCUCCACAGUGAGAUGGAAAUUAAACCAAAUCCACAUCCAGAAAGACCCAACCGUCUUCGUGCAAUUGCUGCCAGUCUGGCUGCUGCAGGAAUAUUUCCCUCAAAGUGCGCCUUGGUACCUCCUCGAGAAAUCACUAAGGAGGAACUCGUAAUGGUCCAUACUUCAGAUCACGUCGAAAGUGUAGAGCAGACAAAGAACAUGCUUUACAGUUACUUCACUUCGGAUACUUACGCGAAUGGACACUCGGCAUGUGCUGCCAAACUUGCAGCAGGCCUAUGCGCUGAUCUUGCUAGUUUGAUAGUGUCUGAGCAUGUCCAGAACGGCUUUGCGCUGGUGAGACCUCCUGGGCAUCAUGCUGGGGUAAAGCAAGCCAUGGGAUUUUGUCUUCACAACAAUGCAGCAGUGGCUGCAUUAGCUGCACAAAAAGCAGGCGCUAAGAAAGUCUUGAUAGUUGACUGGGAUGUGCACCAUGGCAAUGGCACACAGGAGAUAUUUGAAGGGAACAAAUCAGUUUUGUACAUAUCAUUACAUCGCCAUGAGGAUGGAAGCUUCUACCCUGGAACUGGAGCAGCAGACGAGGUGGGAGUUCUGGAUGGUAAAGGAUUCUCGGUAAAUAUACCUUGGAGCUGUGGUGGCGUUGGAGACAAUGACUACAUCUUUGCUUUUCAGCAUGUGGUGCUUCCAAUAGCUACAGAAUUUGCCCCAGACAUCACCAUUAUAUCUGCAGGUUUUGAUGCAGCAAGGGGUGAUCCUUUGGGUUGUUGUGAUGUCACUCCUGCCGGAUACUCUCAGAUGACGUCCAUGUUAACUGCUUGCUCAGAAGGAAAAUUGUUGGUUAUACUUGAGGGAGGAUACAAUCUUCGGUCUAUAUCCUCAUCUGCAACUGAAGUUGUCAAGGUCCUACUCGGGGACGGUCCAAGUUAUGGCACAGAUGCAGCAGCACCAUCAAAGGAGGGCAUGCAGACUGUCUUACAAGUUCUGGACAUUCAGCAAAAAUAUUGGCCAGUUUUAGUUCCAAUCUUUGCAUCACUUCAGGCGCAGCAGGGGCCGACUUCUUCCAAAUAUGGAAACUCAUCGAGCCCCUCAUCAGUCUCAGCAGCCCGGACUGGACAACCCGGUCGCCGACGCUACAUUGCCCCUCAUCAGAUCGACCUGUCCCGUCGCCACCGUCCCCGAGUCCCCCUCUGGCGACCACCACCAAUACAAGCAAGCCGCCUCCGGCAGCCAGCAACAUGA